AUGGACUUGAGCUUGUUGGAUAAUCCCUUUACCUCUGUUUCUGCUUCUUUUGCUACUUCAAAUGCUGAUACAAAGGAGAACAAAUCUACCUAUAAUGCACCUGAUAGUGGGGAGAAUAAAAGUAGGAUCAGCAACAAUAUCAAUGCUGAUAACAUAAAUUACAGUACCAAUAAAGAUAACCAUCACGAUAACCGCAAAAAUAAUAAUAAUAACAUCAAGAACAGCCAAACUGAAAACCAGAAUGAUAAAAGUAUCGAAAACGAUGACAAAAAUGACAAAAAUGACAAUAAUGAUAAUGAAAAUAAUAAUGAAAAUGGUAACGGCAACCCAAUCAAAAUCAAUUAUAAACGAAAAUAUGAUCAGUUGUUAAUCAAAUUUUAUCAGGUAUUAAAUAAAAGUGAUAAAUUAUUCUUGAAAGAGCAAAAUACUCGAAAAGUUUUAAUUGAAUUGACUAGAAGGAAUAAUUCUUUGCUAGAUUAUUUAUCGACGAAAAGCAAUACUAGCCAUGGCAAUAAUCAUAGUGAUACUAACACUUUUAACAAUGAAACAGAUGAAAAGCUCCGGUUGAUAAUAUUAAAUAAACCAAAGUUGAAAAACGUUUUACAGCCUCUACUAUUAUUAAAUAAUAAAUCCAAUAGCAAUGAACAUAGCGGGAAUGGUAACAACAGUAACAAUAAUGGCGAUAAUUUAUUAAAUAUCAAAAAUUAUUUACGAGAUGGUAUCAAAAAUAAUUAUUAUUUUUAUGAUUUAACCUCAGAUUUUUGCUAUGAUCAUACCAGAAAUUUAAAUAACUUGUCAAAUUAUAACGAUAUUGACAACAAGACCAUCAAUGAUAGCAGCCAUAUUGAGAAAUAUAAUGAAAUCAAUAACAAAACUAAAAAGAAGCCUUCAAAGGUGACGCCUUCAUCAUCUCUUAUAAAGGUUAAUUAUCCUCAGUAUUAUAGUAAUAAUCCUCUUAAUCAAAUAAAGGAAGUCAACCCUUCUCAAACUAUUCCAUGGCUAAAGAGAAAUUACCCAGAUACCAUCAAUACUAAUACUAAUACUAAUAACAAUAAUACAAAUUCUACUAACAAUGCUAGUAAUAAUAUUAACAAUGAAUUUUUAUCCUCGAGUAGUAAUAUUCUUGAUAAUAAAAUAAAAAACAAAAAAUCCAGUUCAACGAGUGAAUUGGAUUUGACUUCAAGUUCAAAUUCAAAAUCAAAUUUAAGUCAUGUAAAAAGAAAAAGAAGAGCUUCAUCUUCACCAAAAUCGGUAAAACCAAACUUAUCUGAAUUAAAUAAAAAUAAAAAUGCUAUUAACAAAAUAUUAAAUAACGAUAGUAAUAAUGAAUUUGAAUACCCCAAUAAAAAACUAAAAAUCAAUCAUGAAAUUAAUGAUAAUUAA